AUGGAGGCCGACAAACAGUGCCAAGGACUCGACAUGAGAUCAUUCCUUAUGCUCCCGAUGCAACGCGUCACAAGCGCGCCCCACGAAUAUGAGUUUGCAACGAGAGCUUUACAUGCGGCUAACAAGGUGGUGGGUGAAUGCAAUGAGGGCGCUCGCAGAAUGGAACGAACAGAACAGUUGCUUGAAGUGGAUAGUCGGCUAAUCUACAAGGAUCCAGACCUUAAGUGA